AUGGCCACCAUCACAACUUUCGAGGCCAAGGGAGCUUCCCCUGUGGACAAGAAACAGACAACCAGGGUCAAUUCCGAUGGACUCAAAUACCCUGAGUACUCUCCUUACAAUGAUCCGGAUGAAAUUUUCCCGGAGCCUGAGCCUUUCGAGUAUUAUGACCGGGCAUUAGAUGCCGACCCCGAAAUGCCCGUGUUCUUUAACGAUCAUGUUAAGGUGGAGGAGCUCACGCCUUACAUUGGUGUCCGGGUGACUGGACUUGACCUAGCCUCACUUGACAAGGCUGGCCAGGACCAGCUUGCCCUUCUUGCAGCUAAGAAAGGAAUUGUCUUCUUUGCUAGCGACGACAAUGUCAAGCAGACUUUUCGAGACACUUCUUUGCAGAAGAAGCUAGAAAUGGUCCGAUAUUAUGGGCAGCUACACCAGCACGCUGUCCAGCCGCGACCUCGUGACUCGACUGAAAUCUCUGUUGUUUACCAGGAUAACGUGAACACUGUUAGGGUAGAGCGCCAACCCCCAGGAAUCACCUUCUUCUGCUGUAUGCAAAGUGACGCUCCGUCAGGCGGCGACACGCUGGUUGGAAGCCUUGUUGAGGCAUAUGAACGCCUCAGUCCGCCAAUGAAGCAGUUCUUAUGCGGUCUCAGAGCCGUUCACUCGUCGAAGGUCAUGACAGGCAAGGCAGCAAGGGUGGGAGGUGCAAACAGACGAAAGGAUGUUGAGUCUGUGCAUCCUGUUGUUUAUGAGCAACCGGCCACUGGGUAUAAAUCCCUUUACAUUAACCCCGAGCGGAUAACCCACUUCGAAGGGUUGAGGCAUGAGGAGAGCGAGUACCUGCUCAAGUUUCUUAGUGACCAUAUUACUAAGGGCGCAGACUUUCACGCGAGGUAUAAGUGGAACGAGGGCGACGUUUGCGUAUGGGACCAGCGCGUAUGCGUUCAUUCGGCAACAUUGGACAAUCUGGAGUACCGUCGUCACUUUAUCCGAAUUACUGCGCUUGCUGGCGUUCCAACCCAGGCCACAUACACCCCGCCCACGGACGAGGACAAGUACGCAAAGUAG